UUGCAAAAAUACAUCAGUCAGACGAAGUUAGUUGGGCAGUGAAGAUCAGUGAAUUUGGAAAGAAAAGAAAAUAAAAAAAUGAGACCAUUUAGAUUGUUUUAUGUAACAGCCAUAGUUGCGUUGGGAUCCCAUGUUACGGCUGUGCCCAUAGAAGCAACAGUGGAGCUAGAGACCACGGGGAAUUCAAGUAAUAAUGAACAACAGGAAACAGUGGGAGUAGAAAAAACCAAACAGCCGGUGACACCAGGGCCCAACGCAACAGAUUUGGAAACAUCCAAUUCGAAUGCAGAUCCUACUUAUGUGUUACCCGAACAUCAUUCAUCAGCCGGCACAGCACCAUUUGAUCCCUCAGUAUAUGCGGGCUAUUUGACACCCGAAGCCUUCCAGCAAUAUCUGGCACAAUUUGCCGGGGCCUUUGCUCCCUAUGCCUAUCCUGGUUAUGGUGCUGCACCAGCUCCUGUCUAUCCUGGCCCCUUUGCUGUUCAAACGGGUUAUGAUGGCUUUUUGGUGCCAUCCAUUUCGGCAAAUUUGGCAGCUACCGGUACUGCUGCUUCCACUUCGGUCAUUAGCAACAUCUCAACUGCCCUACAAAAUCUUUUCACCACCCUGAUGAGUUCAACAAUUUUCCAAAUGGUCCUAACCGCCUUGGGGGCAUUGGCCAUGAUCUUGUUUGGCGGUGCCAUUACAACGGCUAUUUGCAAUCUAACACCUAUCUGCAAUAUCUCCUUCAAAGCAGUAUCCUAUCUACGUGGUGCUGGUGCUGACGAUGUCGGACGCAUGCUGGCCGAGGAAAUGACACCGGAACGGGUGAGACGUGCUGCUGAAUUUGUACGAAAUGCCAUUCGCAAAUACAAAGAAAUGCAGAGUCUAAUGCAUGCCGAAGAGAAUCAUUAUGUGAAUAAUGGCGAGGAAUGAUGAUACGAAUAAUUUGUAUAUGUAGCUGCAACCUUCCCACCUAUCCCAACCGAGAAUUUGACAAUAACGAGUAGUUUAGUUUAGCGCUAAAGUGUAGGACUCUUAGCUAUAAGUUGUAAUCUAAGUAUAUCAUGAAGUAUUUUCUUCGUAAUAAAAUAAUGUAUAAAUGUAAA